UCAUUGAUUUCUGCACUUUCACUACCUGGGUUUGUCUCCUUAAACCCUGAAGGCUGAUGGGUAAAGCCCUAUAAUCUACAAAACCCCUGAAAAUCCAGGAAACAGCAAGAAAAUCCGAGGUCAUGCCAGUGGCAAUGGCAUGCGCUGGAGUGCUGGCAUUCUCAUCUGUGCCCAAAAACUCAGACCCAUCAUCAUCAUCAUCAUCAUCAAAGGUAUGCAGAAGCUCUACUGCUACAGUUUCUUGCGUUUCACAUUGCGUAUGUUCUGCUGCUAGUACCAGUAUUGCCACUGAACAAGCCAAUUUACAGAAAUUUAGUUACAGCAGGGCGUCUCCAUCUGUGAGAUGGCCUCACCUGAAGCUGACUGAGAAUUACCCACCAUCACAGAGGCCUACCCAUGUUGUGGAAGAUGUGGGUCUUUUGGAAAACACUCAUGAUUCUUUAGGAAAAGAGGAAACUAGGGAGAUAGGUGAAGCGGGUUUUGGGGAGGGUUUGGAAUUGGGUGAUGAAACCCAGGAUUUUUUGGGGAAAACUAGUAAGAAUAGGGUGAAGAAAAUGACUAAAUUGGCUCUUAAAAGGGCUACAGACUGGAGGCAGAGGGUACAGUUUUUGACCGAUAGGAUACUGGGGUUGAAAUCAGAGGAGUUUGUGGCUGAUGUGUUGGAUGAUAGAAAGGUUCAGAUGACGCCUACAGAUUUUUGCUUUGUUGUGAAGUGGGUUGGGCAGUCGAGCUGGCAACGGGCAUUGGAGGUUUACGAGUGGCUGAAUCUUCGCCACUGGUACUCUCCCAAUGCCAGGAUGCUCGCCACUAUAUUGUCGGUGCUCGGGAAGGCCAAUCAGGAAGCAUUGGAUGUGGAAAUAUUUGCCCGAGCAGAGGCUGCAGCUGGUAACACUGUCCAAGUUUACAAUGCAAUGAUGGGUGUUUAUGCCCGAACAGGUCGGUUCACUAAGGUUCAAGAAUUGCUUGAUUUAAUGCGGUCACGGGGAUGUGAGCCCGAUCUUGUGAGCUUCAAUACUUUGAUAAAUGCCUGGUUGAAAUCAGGUACCAUGGUAACAAAUUUGGCAAUUGAACUGCUUAAUGAGGUUAGAAGGUCAGGUAUUCAACCUGAUAUAAUCACUUACAGCACUCUUAUUAGUGCUUGUUCACGUGAGUCCAAUUUGGAGGAGGCAGUGAAGGUGUACAAUGACAUGGUGGCUCAUCGUUGUCAACCUGAUUUAUGGACUUAUAAUGCAAUGAUUUCAGUUUAUGGAAGAUGUGGAAUGUCCAGAGAGGCAGGUAGGCUCUUUAAGGACUUGGAGUCAAAAGGGUUUCUCCCUGAUGCAGUGACGUAUAAUUCUCUGCUAUAUGCAUUUGCUAGAGAAGGGAAUGUGGAUAAGGUCAAGGAGAUUUGCGAGGACAUGGUAAAAAUGGGUUUUGGAAAAGAUGAAAUGACUUAUAACACCAUUAUCCACAUGUAUGGAAAGCGAGGACAGCAUGAUCUAGCAUUUCAGCUUUAUAGUGACAUGAAACUGUCAGGCCGAAGUCCUGAUGCUGUUACCUACACUGUUUUGAUUGAUUCACUUGGGAAAGCAAAUAUGAUAAAGGAGGCUGCAGAGGUGAUGUCCAAGAUGUUGAAUGCAGGAGUUAAACCCACUUUGCGAACUUUCAGUGCUUUGAUUUGUGGGUAUGCCAAGGCCGGGAAGAGGGUGGAGGCUGAAGAGACUUUUGAUUGCAUGUUGAGGUCCGGGAUCAAACCUGAUCAUCUAGCAUACUCUGUUAUGUUAGAUAUCCUUUUAAGGUUUAAUGAGAGUGGGAAGGCAAUGAAGUUGUAUCAAGAAAUGGUUCUUCAUAGUUUCAAGCCAGAUCAUGCCCUUUAUGAGGUCAUGCUUCGAGUACUUGGGAAGGAAAACAGAGAGGAAGAUGUUCACAAAGAGGUCAAGGAUAUGGAGGAGUUAUGUGGUAUGAACUCACAAGUUAUUUGUUCUAUGCUUGUUAAGGGGGAAUGUUUUGACCAUGCUGCUAACAUGUUGAGAUUGCCCAUCAGCCAGGGCUGUGAACUUGACCGUGAGAAUUAGUUAUCUAUUUUGGGUUCAUAUGGUUCAUCUGGAAGACACUUGGAGGCACGGGAGUUGCUUGAUUUCUUGAGAGAACAUUCUUCUGGAUUGCAUCAAUUGAUAAAUGAGGCUCUGAUUAUCAUGCUUUGCAAGGCUCACCAGCUGGGUGAUGCUUUGAGAGAAUAUGGCAAAGCUAGGGAUUUUGGUUUGUUUUGUGGAAGUUUCACCAUGUAUGAGUCCUUGCUUCAGUGCUGUGAAGAAAAUGAACUCUUUGCUGAAGCUUCUCAGAUAUUUUCUGAUAUGAGAUUUUAUGGUGUGGAACCUUCUGAUCACCUUUACCGAAGCAUGGUAGUUACAUAUUGUAAAAUGGGAUUCCCUGAGACAGCUCAUUAUUUGAUUGAUCAGGCAGAGGAAAAAGGCCUUCUAUUCGAUGAUGUAUCCAUCCAUACUGGUGUUAUUGAGGCAUAUGGGAAAUUGAAGCUGUGGCAAAAAGCAGAAAGCUUGGUUGGAAGUCUUCGACAGAAGUGUACAAUGGUGGAUCGGAAGGUUUGGAAUGCCUUAAUACAUGCUUAUGCAGCAAGUGGCUGCUAUGAGCGAGCAAGGGGUAUUUUUAAUACAAUGAUGAGAGAUGGUCCUUCCCCAACCGUAGAUUCCGUGAAUGGUCUCAUGCAAGCUUUAAUUGUUGAUGGGAGACUAGAUGAGCUCUAUGUGGUAAAGGAGUUGCAAGAUAUGGGUUUUAAGAUAAGUAAAAGUUCAAUUACACUGAUGCUUGAUGCAUUUGCACAUGCAGGGAACAUAUUUGAGGUGAAAAAAAUAUACCAGGGAAUGAAGGCUGCCGGUUAUUUUCCUACUAUGCAUCUCUACAGAAUCAUGAUUGGGUUGCUAGCCAAGGGAAAACGAGUAAGGGAUGUUGAAGCUAUGGUUUCUGAGAUGGAAGUAGCAGGAUUCAAGCCCGACCUUUCUAUAUGGAAUUCUGUGCUCAAAUUAUACACAGGAAUUGGGGAUUUUAAAAAGACGGGUCAGGUGUAUCAGCUGAUUCAAGAAGCUGGACUUAAACCAGAUGAGGACACUUACAAUACUUUAAUAUUAAUGUACUGUAGAGAUCGUAGACCAGAAGAAGGUUUGUACCUGAUGCAUGAAAUGAGAAGGGUUGGUUUGGAGCCUAAAUUGGACACUUACAAAAGCCUGAUUUCAGCAUUUGGGAAACUGCAGAUGGUAGAACAAGCUGAGGAACUUUUUGAAGGGUUGCUGUCAAAAGAGUGUAAAUUGGAUCGCUCUUUUUAUCAUAUUAUGAUGAAAAUGUUUAGAAAUUCUGGAAACCAUUCCAAAGCUGAAAAGCUACUUGGCAUGAUGAAGGAAGCUGGAGUAGAACCUACCAUUGCCACAAUGCACUUACUUAUGGUUUCUUGUAGUGGUUCUGGACAGCCAGAGGAAGCUGAAAAAGUUCUUGAUAAUUUGAAAGUGGAAGGUUUACCUCUUAGUACUCUACCGUAUAGUUCAGUUAUUGAUGCUUAUCUUAAGAAUGGUGACCAUAACGUUGCCAUUCAAAAGCUUAUGGAGAUGAAGAAAGAUGGUCUGGAGCCAGACCACAGAAUAUGGACAUGCUUUGUUAGGGCUGCGAGUUUAUCCCAGCACACAAGUGAAGCUAUAGUCCUCUUAAAGGCACUCCGGGAUACUGGAUUUGAUCUUCCAAUCAGGCUUCUCACAGAAAAAUCUGAUUCUCUAGUUUCUGAGGUAGACAAUUGUUUGGAGAAACUAGGACCCCUGGAAGACAAUGCAGCCUUUAACUUUGUCAAUGCUCUCGAAGACCUAUUGUGGGCAUUUGAACUCCGGGCUACUGCUUCAUGGGUUUUCCAAUUGGCAGUUAAGAGGAGUAUCUAUCGCCAUGAUGUGUUCAGGGUAGCUGAAAAAGAUUGGGGAGCUGAUUUUAGAAAGAUGUCUGCUGGUUCUGCUCUUGUUGGCCUCACUUUGUGGCUUGACCACAUGCAGGAUGCAUCAUUACAAGGUUAUCCUCUGUCUCCAAAAUCAGUUGUUCUGAUAACAGGAACUGCAGAAUAUAACAUGGUUUCCCUAAACAGCACAUUAAAGGCAUUCCUUUGGGAAAUGGGUUCUCCAUUUCUUCCUUGUAAAACACGGAGUGGGCUUCUUGUAGCAAAGGCCCACUCCCUCAGGAUGUGGUUGAAAGACUCUUCAUUUUGCUUGGAUCUUGAGUUGAAAGAUGCGCCAUCACUUCCUGAAUCAAAUUCAAUGCAACUGAUGGAAGGGUGUUUCCUAAGACGUGGCCUUGUUCCUGCUUUCAAGGACAUAACUGAGAGACUAGGAGAUGUAAGGCCAAAGAGCAAAACAUGUUUAGCAUAAGAGCCAUGUAGUAUUUUCCAUCCACUCCAAGUAUUAAUUGUAACGAGCAUUAAGUGCAUUGAUUGACGCAACUGUUACGAAGAUAAAACACUAGACUUCAAGGCUUAUCAAGAUGGUAACGCGUAAUCAAAGACACAAUUAGGGCA